AUGACCAUGGGUAACGAGGAAGAACUAUUCUCAUCCAUGGCUCUCCCUGUAGUGGUGAGGCCUAUCCUUGAUAAAAUGGAGAAAAAGAAUGCAGUAGCAGCAAAUGCAUUAAAAAGUGGCUUUGCUAAAGUCGAGUCAGCCCACCCAGGCUUCACUUAUCAGCUGAUCAAGAGUAUAUUGAAGAAGGCUGAGGUUGACAAUCAAGUAGAUAUGUGUGAAUGUCUACUAAGAAUAGAGGGCUCCAAUAACUCCAAUGAAUUCCUAGUAGAUAGAGUGGAGGAACCAAUACAAUUGUUAAAUGAGAGGUCGACAAACCUGAAAAAAAUUCUUAGCAGAAUUCCUGAUGAGAUUUAUGAUAGAAAAAAAUUUCUGGAAACCAUCAAGGAAAUAGCCAGUGCCAUUAGGUUGCUGCUAGAUUCAGUUAACAGUAUCUUCUCUUAUAUCAGUGAGCAGUACAGACAAGUCUUAGACAUUCGCAAGAAAGAAUUUGUUAAGUAUUCCAGAAAUUUCAGUAAUACAUUGAAAGACUUUUUCAGAGAUAGCGAGAAGCAAAAUGUCUUUUUAAGUGCCAACCAUUUGGUUAACCAAUCAAAUUUGCUGAUGAGAACUAUCAAAGAAGCCCUUGUCUGA